UGGAGAGCCUGGAUGCCCCCUAGAAUCCUGUGCUGGUCUGCAGAUUUCCUGAAGACCUUAAGACAUGCUGACAUCAUGGUCUCCUUUCUCAGAUUCCUUCUCUCUCUCUUUCUCCCCCACUCUCUCUCUCUCUCUGUCUCUCACUUUCUCUCCUUUCCUCCCUCCCUCCCUCCUUCCCUGUCCCUCCCUCCUCUGCCCAAUGUCUCCCAAUCUCUUUCUUUCUCUCUUUAGUUCCUCCAGGUAAUUCUUACUUAAACUUGUACCAACUUGUUUUUGACUGACAGUGAACAGUGAGAGAGUUUUCUUCAUUUUGAGGAACCCUAAACACCUAUCUUUCCCAAGGCAACCUGUCUGGACUGAGCAUUUCUGUGACUUGACAUAACUCCCCAUCCAGCCAGGAGUCUGCACUCUUCCGUCUUUGCAGAUAACUUUUAAGUGUUGAAAAGUAUAGUGGUUUUCCAAGUGCAGUCUGAGGUCUAACAGCACCGGGGAUAUCUGGGAAACUGUCAGAACUACAGACUCUCUGGCUGCACCCCAAACCUGCUGAAUCGGAAAUUCUGAGGCAGUAGCAGAAUCCCAUGGUAGCCAGGUGGGUGAAGGGGAGCGCGGACGUUCUACCUGCCUUGAAGAAGACACCUGACCUGCGGAGUGAGUGACCAGGAAUGUGGGGGAAAUGUAUGUCAGUCACCAGGCAGGUACUAUAAGACGCUAGAGGCCUCCCAGACAGCUUGUUUCCAGCUGUUAACAUGGAGCAGAGCGUUCCCUGGGGCUGAGCAUGGAAGCCCAGCACUUCUUAUAGUAUUUCCAGAGCUUGGCCAUGGAUGCCAUUCACAUCAGCAUGUCCAGCACCCCCCUGGUGAAGCACACUGCUGGGGCUGGGCUCAAGGCCAACAGACCCCGUGUCAUGUCCAAGAGUGGGCACAGCAACGUGAGAAUUGACAAAGUGGAUGGCAUAUACCUACUCUACCUGCAAGACCUGUGGACCACAGUUAUCGACAUGAAGUGGAGAUACAAACUCACCCUGUUCGCCGCCACUUUUGUGAUGACCUGGUUCCUUUUUGGAGUCAUCUACUACGCCAUCGCGUUUAUUCACGGGGACUUAGAACCUGGUGAGCCUAUUUCAAAUCAUACCCCCUGCAUCAUGAAAGUGGACUCUCUCACUGGGGCAUUUCUCUUUUCCCUGGAAUCCCAGACAACCAUUGGCUAUGGAGUCCGUUCCAUCACAGAGGAAUGUCCUCAUGCCAUCUUCCUGUUGGUUGCUCAGUUGGUCAUCACGACCUUGAUUGAGAUCUUCAUCACCGGAACCUUCCUGGCCAAAAUUGCAAGACCCAAAAAGCGGGCUGAGACCAUCAAGUUCAGUCACUGUGCAGUCAUCACCAAGCAGAAUGGGAAGCUGUGCUUGGUGAUUCAGGUAGCCAACAUGAGGAAGAGCCUCUUGAUUCAGUGCCAGCUCUCUGGCAAGCUCCUGCAGACCCAUGUCACCAAGGAGGGGGAGCGGAUUCUGCUCAACCAAGCCACUGUCAAAUUCCACGUGGACUCCUCCUCUGAGAGCCCCUUCCUCAUUCUGCCCAUGACCUUCUACCAUGUGCUGGAUGAGACGAGCCCCCUGAGAGACCUCACACCCCAAAACCUAAAGGAGAAGGAGUUUGAGCUUGUGGUCCUCCUCAAUGCCACUGUGGAAUCCACCAGCGCUGUCUGCCAGAGCCGAACAUCUUAUAUCCCAGAGGAAAUCUACUGGGGUUUUGAGUUUGUGCCUGUGGUAUCUCUCUCCAAAAAUGGAAAAUAUGUGGCUGAUUUCAGUCAGUUUGAACAGAUUCGGAAGAGCCCAGAUUGCACCUUCUACUGUGCAGAUUCUGAGAAACAGAAACUUGAGGAGAAGUACAGGCAGGAGGAUCAGAGGGAAAGAGAACUGAGGACACUUUUAUUACAACAGAGCAAUGUCUGAUCAUAGGAGUGCCAUCCAGGUUUAACCCUGCAAGCUGUUUCCACAUCAGAACUCCCAUCAAACACAAAGAUUGCUGUGAAAACGAAAAUGUGUAGAUGCACUCUCAAAAACUGCACGGACAUACAAAAUCAAUCUUUCCCUUUGAUCUUGUGGCUAAACCAGCAUUUCUGUGUUUGAGAGAUUUCCUUUUAAGUGCUUCGAAUGAAAGUGAACUCUCAUAAUUCAAAUUACAUAAAAUAAAGCUACAUUUCUAAGAGCUUGGUGUAGGGCAAUUGGAAUAGUGUCCUGUUAGAUAAACAGACAUUUAGCAAUGCUGACAUUAAAAGGAAAUGUAUUUCUGUACAAGAUUAUUAGCUCUAAUAUAAGAUAUUUAUUUAACCAAUAACCUUAUGGCCGAGAGUUGAAUUGUGGUUCAGUAUUCAUUGAUCUCACUGCUUUAAAACAUGCUGUUUUUGUUCAAGCAGGAAAAAUAUUAUAUCUAAUGAUGUCUAUUUGGUAAUACCUAAAAAGAGGUAGAGCGACUCUCUAUUCACAAAAUAUAGUAAUUUCAUUUUUACCUUUCUUCAGUGGACUGAAUUGUAUGGAAGGAAAUCGAUCAUAUGUCAUUCACAACUGUGGAAACCUACACAAAUGGGGCUGAUGCCAUUGUUUCCUCUAUUUUUUUAUUUUAUUUUUAUGUUUUGGAAUUUACUAUCCUCUUUCCAUUCAAAAUGUUUCCAUUCAAAAUGUGGUUCACAGACCCACCGCAUCAGCACCAUCUGAGCACUUAUUCGUAACGUGUAGAUUCUCAGGCCCCAGCCAGACUUACAGAAUUGGGGUGUCUGUAUCUUAACAAGAAGCCCAGAUGAUUUGUAUACAGAUAAAAGUUUGAAAGCUCUGCUCUGGACAAUGUUUUUGAAGCAACUUUCUGAAGCCAUGUGGAAAACUGACUCUGUGGGUCCCGUAUCCCCGUGGCAUCCAGACCUGGCCCCUCUCCAUUUCAUUAUUAUUGGCCAAUAUUUCUUUGAGCCAUUUCAUUUCUUGUCUAUUAAAAUGCCUUGCCCAUAAAGGAACUGCAUAGAAUUAUCCCCUGACAUUCCAAGAGCAAAAUAAAGUUCUUGAGAGUAAUUGCCGUCUCAGUCAUGCUUGCUGAUUACAGUUAGCACAAAAGAAAAAUUCAGCUGCCUGACAAUACAGGAAAUGUUCUCAGAUGCUGAAGUUUGUAAGGUCCGGUGGGGCCAUGAGGAAGAAGAGGAGCUGAAGGUAAGGAACUCAUAAACAAGAUGACUCUUUGACGCAUGAACAAGAUUUGAAAAUCUCAAACCUUUAAAGAAUACCCUCGCUAUUUAAAUAAAGCUCAUACCAAGAGGUAACAUUUUGCCCCGGGCAAAAUUCAGGGGUCGAGUGCCCUGCAUUCCUUUGAGGCAAAAAAUAACUGGUCUAUGACUGGUUAAAUGUCCAAAA